CUUUUAGGCUUUGAAUUGCAACUGAAACUUAAUAACUUUAUAACGAAAUCGGGUUUCAUAAAAAUCCAUUUAAUCAGUUUAUGGUUGAAUGCAGACCCAACCACUUGGGGAAACUUAAAGAAACCGAAUGGAGCCGUUCUCUAACUUCGUUAUAAUAUUUCUAGCUGCGUUUAUUAAUGAGGCAUAUGGCAUGCAUAAUCCAAUGAUGCGCGAUAAUUGUGAUUUGGGAGAGCAUCUAACUUGUAAGUUUCGGUUUGUUCACUGUUGGAUGUACGAGUGCGUUUGUCUUCCGGACCACGCUUACUUGGGACUUGGAAAUGGCUGUCUCCACCUGACAUAUGCUUAAAAAUAAGUUAUGAAAACUAUAAGCACUAUUCAUUC